GGCAAUGGAAUCUGACCGCAGCGAAGGGUGCGCCGUGUUACGGUGCAUCCCGUUCACACACCCUAAACCACUAGAGCACAAAGAAGGGUCGAACAAAGAAAGUCUGACUCUCGAACAUCAUACUGUGGAAUUACUUCGAUGGAGGUUCAACCAGCUAUUGAUCUGAGCAGCGUUGUAUGUUACUACAAAACCAUCAACUAUCCAAGCUUAGAAGCCUCAAGGCCUGCACCUGAUCAGCCACCCUCAACUACCCGACUAUUUCAUCUACAAGGCACUGCUGAAGUGGAAUUGAAGAGCUUUUCAAAAGGCUCCAACGCUAGCUGUAUCAGAAAUAAUCGAUCUAUGUCCGGUAAUAUCAUUCCUUCUUUGUUGAAACAACCAGUACCAAUAGCGAAGAAUGUCGUGACUAAAGGUGUAGCAUCGACAGUAACGAAAUCAAAAAUUCCGGCGUCUUGUUCCCCUUCUCUAUCAAUCAAGAACGGUGAAAUUUUGAACGGAAACGGAAGUGCCUUCAAACUCUAUCUCGUACCUAGUGUUAACCCUCAACUAAAGGACCCCUCGACGGUCGUACAGAAAAAUACUGUUGAAAAAUCAUCACCAUCCACUGUGGGAGAGCUGCUUCGAAACACGGAGAAAUCUAUGGCAGCCAUCAAAAUGAUACUCCCAAGUGCUGAGCCUAAAGAUCUACCCCAGAAUGGUAGAAAAAUUGCUCCUCGGCCUCCAAAGGAAGUCACCCCUCCUCCAGCUCCGGCAGCGGCGGCAGUAAAGAACGAAACAAACAAUCUUUGCUGCAAAAUCUGCGGCUCUCUAACAAGCAGUAAGGAGGACUUCAAGCAGCACGUGAAAGAUCAUGCUAAGAUUACAACGGCACCUCAGAAGUCACCUGAUAACUCGAGGGAUCCCGCCUCCUCCCAGAUGCGACACCAGUGUCCGCUAUGCUCGGCGUCGUUUGCUCGAAAGUAUCGCCUCACCAUUCACAUCCGAACGCACACCGGUGAGAAACCGUACAAAUGCAGCUCGUGCACUAAGAUGUUCAAGGACUCGGAUCACCUGCGCAGACACGUGCGCACUCACUCGGGUCUGAAGCCGUUCCAGUGUGACGUUUGCCCCAGGACAUUCGCGGAUCGGGAACACUUGAAACGACACCUCAAUUGUCAUGCCUUAGGGAGUAAAAGACUGCGACCUUUUUUGGACUUGAAUAGGAGAAUUUAAUUUAAAGACUUUGUGUUAUUUAACUCUAGAUGUUGAAUGGUUCGGCUGAUAAUAAUUUAUGCACACACGCAUGGAAUCACUUUUUUGAAGAUAAUUAUUGGUGUAUCAAGA